UUUAGCUUGGUUCGCUUCAGGCAGACAUAUUUCAUCAUCUGCUGCCAAAAUGAUGGACUUUGACAAUAUACUGGACAUCGCCUCGCAAAACCAGGGUGUCAGCUGUGUACAAAGGAGAUACAGUCUUCAGACGGGACCACCCAAAAAGGACCCAAAGUCUAAAGGUGUAAACCCUGCUGCUGUGCAGGCACUUCUGAAAAAGCGUCAACAUGAUUCAAGACGGAAAGAACUGGAAAAUAAGAAACAAAAGGAGCAGCUAUUGGCUAAGAGGGUUGAGUUGAAGUCGGAUCGUAAAGCGCGAGCCAUGGCGUCCAGAACGAAGGACAAUUUCAAAGGCUACAAUGGCGUUCCAGUGGUAGACAUUCCUAAAAAGAGGGGCUCAAAAGGAGAUAAGCAGCAAGAUAAUUUAAACAACUCUGGGGGGUUUAGGAAUAACGCCAUCAAUCCAUUAGACGAUGAGGACAAUUAUGAGUAUGAGCCUUCAGAUUCAGAGGGAGAGCCUGAGCCAGAGAUGCUAAGACCAGGGAAGGCUGUAGGCGUCGGUGGGGCCAGUGGUACCGGCAGACCGGUUUCAAAAAAACCUACUGGGCCGCCCAAACCUCCUCCUCCUGCCAUGAACUUUGCCGAAUUAUUAAGAUUGGCAGAGAAGAAGCAAUUUGAGCCGGUUGAGCUAAAACCCAAAGUGAAAAAGGAAGAAAGGCUUCGCACAGCCGAAGAGAUUCGUGAGCUGGAGAUGGAGCGCAAGGCUAAAAGGCCUGACAAAAAUAGAGACUCAAAGGUAGACAUUGGAAGAGAUUCCAGGUCCAGUUCAAGUUCAGUCAGAAAAAGCACUACAGAGAAAGAGCAGAAACAUAAUCGACCACAAAAGAACUCUAUAGAGAAGCCAAGUCUGCCAAGUAGAUCAGGAGGUAAAGCUCAGUCAGUGGUGACAAGUGACAGAGGAUCGUCCUUUUCCAAGCCCUCUGUGAGUGAUAAAGAGAGGAUCAGAGAAAAGGUAGCACACAGUGACAGAGAACGGUCUAAGAUGGGCAUGUCCUCUACUUCAGCUGCUACAGUUGUUAAAAACCCUUCAAAAGCCCUCUCAUCUCAAGUCUCAGCCAAACAAGUAGGUUCCAGGCCUCCGUUUACUCAAAAACCCAGUACUUCAAGUGACCUUAGCUCAAGGAAAGAUGGUUUUCCCUCGCAUCAAAAAGUGGCUUCUGGUUUUCCAGGGAAUAGGCCUUCCAAUGCAGUUGCAGCUGGCCAAAAGUCUCUACAAAGAAGCUCACAGCAGACAAGACCAAUUCAAGGCAGUGUAUUAAAGCAGGGCGCUACAGCUGGAGGGAUGAAGUCUAGCAAAGGAGAUCCACAAAGGCCUGGAAAUAAUAAUAAUAAUGUUAUGCGGUCAAACGGCAGCUCAAUGAUGAGAUCAUCGUCAGGUGGUCCUUCUAAGAUGGGGAACCAGAGCCAGGUGAGGCCUCCUGGAAUGCCCCAAAAUAAAUCUGGUGGUGGGCCACAGGUCAGGACAGGUGGCAGUGGUCCUGGAAGAGGUGGACCCCGACCUCCAGGAUCUGGACCCCUUAGACCUGGUAGUGGAGGACAGGUGCCAGGGCGGCCAAACGGUAACCUUGGAUUGGGGCCUGGUAGACCUAAGUGCACUGUUGUGUCAGAGACCAUCUCAUCCAAGAAUGUGGGUGGACCUAGGCCAGGGGCCCCCCCUCGACCAGGCAUGCCUCAAAGACCUGGGCUGGUUCCAGGAAUGAGAGCAGGAAUGCCCCCCAGACCUAUGAUGAACAGACCACCAGGGAUGAACAGACCACCAGGAACCACAUUACCACCGAUCACAAUCGCAUACAAAAGGAAGUAUGAGGAUGAGGAGGAAGACUAUGACCCUGAAAUGGACGAUUUCAUUGAUGAUGGAGGUGAAGAGCAAGAUGAAAUCUCCAGGCACAUUAAGGAGAUAUUUGGUUAUGAUCGAACAAGAUACAAAGAUGAAAGUGAUUAUGCUCUUAAAUUUAUGGAGAGCAGCUGGAAAGACUUGCAGAAAGAAGAGGCCCGGAGCUUAAGAAUGGCUGUGCAGGAAGACCUGGAGGAGGAGAGGCGGGAGGAAGAGGAGCUCAAAAGAAAGGCCAAGAGGAAAAAGAUUGCCUAAGCUCCAUUCCUGUUUUGUUAAAUUAAACCUUCCAUCAUCCUUUAAAUGAUGGUAUAGUGGCUUUAUGAUGUUAAAUCAUAAAGCCCCUUGUCCAAUCUUUCCUGUGUUGCAUUAGAGACUACAGUACGUUUUGAUAAAACAUUUCUAGUGAAAGAUGAGCUAAUAAAAGACGAUAUGCACAACUCAUUGAAAGCAGUAGAAAUUUAAGUUCUCAUGUCCUUAUUUAUUUCCCCUACAGACUCCUGGAUUUACAUUCUGAAAAGAAAUGAACUGUAACAAACAUGAAUGAGUUUUUUUUUUUAUGUAACAAUAACCAACAGUUGCUAAUUUCUUUCAGUAUAUUUUCCUGUUACUUUUUCAAGCAGUUAAACACAUUGACAGUUGUGCAGAAAAAGUUACAAUUUCAUAUGUUGUGUAAAGUAAUUUGACAUGUAUGAUUACAUAAAGGAUUUUAUUUAACUGCAGUG